AUGCAACAGGAGCCCACAGUGGCAUGUGGCCUUCCAUGCGGGCCCAAAAUGCAUGCGGCCUUCCAUGCGGGCGGUAAAUGCAUGCGGCCUUCCGUGCGGGCGGACAAUGCACGAGGUGCCGAAUGGUGCUUACUGAACCCUACGGGGCGCCCCUAUGAGGCUUUCGUUGCUGCAGAAGGGCACUGGUUUGACCCGCCGUGGGCAGAAUUCGACCGCGUCAAACUGUCACCCGUGCAGCGGCCUGCGUAUGCACACCACCUGCGCGUGGAGCUGCGUGCGCAUUGGGCUGGCACGGUCGGAGCAUGGCUGAUCGCGGUAGGCACCAGUACCAGCGGAAUCAGCAAUGACAUUCGCACUGCCGCCCGUCGGAAGUUGCAAAGUUGUAUAUGCAAUCGGACAGCUGCAGGGCACAAAGUGCGGAGACGAUUCUGCGGCGGUGGCCCGCCACCAGGCAUCAGGGAUCUGGUCGCUGGAAUCUGUUUGUCCGUGUUACAAGACGAGGAGGAAGUGAGAACAGUGUUUGACCAAUCUUGGAUUGAGUCCUGGCACGGAUGGGAGGAUAUGGAAGCAGAUGGGUCGGACAGUGUUGCCAUGAACGUCGCCGAGCGGUUGUUGCGCAUUGCUGGUGCCAAUGUACCCACAAAGAUGACGACAAAUGCGGAUCGAUUGCGAGAACUGGCGCAGCAAGACUUGCACCUGAAAAUCGCAUCCUCGCACGGUGAGAAUAAUUGCCUCAUCGACUCCCUUUUAUUGGGCCUCAUGAUGAUAGGUGUGAGCCCGCGACAAUAUACUGUGGAAGAGCGCAAAGAACUAUGUGCCAGAUGUCGCACUGACUUGCAUCGGCGACACAAGGUCCCUUUGAGAGUGUACCUGGACGGUCACCGGGAUACGCCGCGCAUACUUGAAUUCUUCUUGCGGAAAGAAUGGGCGAUAGACAUUUCGGUUCGAGUCUUCUUUUAUGAUUGCUUGCCGGCAUCCGAGUUGGGUGAAGCAGGUCAGGAAUUAUCCCAUGUGGAUUUCACAUGGGGUGACCGGUGCAUUUACGAACGCCACGUAUUGCACGUCUACAAUCACAUUGCUCCAACGGGGCAAGGAUAUCAUUUUGAUGCUUUGUUGCAAACGCCACAACAAGAGAACGCACAAAGUGCGACUGGAAACCGGCUUCCGGCUUGCAGCCAAGAGCCGACAUGGCGGACACUGAGUGCAGCGAAGCAGGAAGCGUUUAGGGCUCGCUUACUGUCAUGGUCGUACACCGUGAAAACACUGGACGCAACAUUGCAGGAAGAUUGGGUGGAGACAUGGAGCGGUUGGGAGAAGCUUACAACGGCAGACGAGAAAGAAUGCGAAAAAUUGGCCGCAGAAUUCUGCAGGGUCGCUCGGAACCAUGCGCGAAAGGAAGUGCCAGAAGCAGCCGACGCAUCAAGGCAUGCGACGACUUUGAGCGCCACGCAAGUGAAAGCGCUCCUUCAGAGUUUCUUACAAGCUCGUGCGGCGUACCUUCAAGUAACCUUAGCAGAUGCAGAGGAUGUAUUGGCUUGCGGGCAUAACCGGGAGGCUUUAGCAUUGAAAUUGCAUACCUUGCUGCAAGCAGGGGUGACAUAUGCUGACUCAGGAAUGCAUGCCGCACGACGUUUGGUUGGCCAAUGGCAUGCAUACUACACCUCAUGCACUCAAGGCAAUGGCCGAAGACUAGGUGAAACGCCAAGCGCAGAAAACGCAGCAAACGUGAAUACGCAAGCCAUGUCCGCAGGCCAACAUGACGGAAGCAACGCCGGCAGCCGACAAGAAACAGGUGCACCAGGGGGAGAAGCACGCAAGCGGCCGCUGGCCGAGGCUACGGGCACGCCACCGAAACGGUUGCGAGGAAAACAGCCCCCGCCAAAGCAGGAUCGAACAUGUGCCAACGCUUUGGAGCCUUCCGACACCGCGUUAGAAGGAGACGAAUACAUUUUGCGGGAGUGGCGCGCUAGCCAUGGAAACCCUGAUCCCCGUGCGAAACAGGACAUGGCGCUGGAAGCCUUAGGAAAACACUUUCGGCAGAAGCCCACGUUGCCAGAGUGGAUGGUUGCCGACAUGCAAGGUGCAGCGUUCGAUUUAGCAGAGUAUACAUGUGCUUUCCACGGCUGUCCGUUUGCGUCGGAACAAAUCCACGAUUUUGAACGGCAUCUUCGUGAGCAGCAUAGUUGUGUCCUGGAACCCGUCGCAGCCCAAUCCCCAGCCAGAGCAAAUCUUUUGGAAGCAUACAGAGCUGGACUAACAUGGGCGUGCCAGCAAAAUGCACCGACAGCGCGCAUUGCCAUUGAUCGACGAUGCUUACGAAAGUAUCGUGAAGCACAGCGCGGUGAUAAAGUUGGUGCGGCGAUCUGUUUUUUCUGCGCGCGCCGCUUCCCGUAUACGAAUGCUAUGAGCCACGGGGACCAAAUACAAUGGAAGCAGAUAGCUGGGAAAACGCAUUUAUGCGGCUUGUCCUUGGCGGAAACUCAAAGCCUGCUGGGUUUUCAAACUUAUUGGAGCACGUACGUGUCGCAACAGAGCGAAAGAGUGCAAGAACGAAUACGGACCGAGCUACGGGAUUGGUGCGCUGACGUGACCAUCGACGAGCAAACUGUCUCAAUAAUAUGUUGCCCUGAAGACAAGCUUUGCGAAAGACGUUGCCCGGCUGGUCGCAUCUGCUCUUCAUGUCGUGCACCGGUGUGCCUGCACUGCUGGGAACGCCUCCGGACAAAACAAGUCUCCAGUCUUACGUUGGCCAACGACAUGUUGGUGUUCUACACACCGCGCUUGAUAUACAGGGAAGAGGUGACUUUCAUGGAAUUAGUGUGCGCCAGCCCGUGUUUUACAGCCAUGGCUUGCUUCAGUUUGGAGAAGAAACUUUUGGGGGAACGGGCUAUGGAUCAAGAUGCCUUCAUGAAUCGCAAUCGUUUAGUGGCCCGCGGAAAUGCAACCACAUUUCCAUUGGCGUGGGAAGACCUGCUGCAGAACUUACAAGCAGCAUCCACCGAAGAGGCCGCAGGGCAACUACGAGUACCGAAAGUGGGCGCUGAGCUCGCCGCCGUUGUCAACGUCAUCAUCAAGGUUGUGUUGCAGCUUAUCGCCGAUGCCAAAGAGCGGGAUCAUCCAGCCUAUCGCAGGGUUUGCAUGCGUGAAGCCUUGCAACGGGCAGAAGCCUUGCCGGAAGACGGCGUCCCAGCGGAAAUCGUCGCGUGGCUGCCGCACGACAGCGACUUAGACGAUGUGCAGCGCCAGAAGGCCGCGACGCCUACCCGGGCCAUGUUGACGCAGGAAGAAUUGCACGCAGAGUUUGCGUACAUGUGCAAGCCCAACGCAGUAGUGGGCGAGCGCACGACCUGCGGGGCUGGGGACAUCAAUGCAGCGCACGUGGCCGCCUUGCGGGCGGCGGCCGACCAGCACCAGGCAUCCAGCAGUGAAACCAAAACCGCUGCCAUUUACACCGGCAAUCGAUUGUUGGAUCAGUUCGAGCCGUGGUACUUUGCGUUUGCUUUUGCAUUUCUGUUUCCGUACGGCAGUGGGCUGCCGGACCCACCCAGCUGGAGCGACAAACCGCGCUAUCGGCGCCCUCCGGACGCAGAGCGCGUUGAAUUUCAAGCCUGGAUGCGUUGCAUGGCACGGCGCUGCGAGUCGCAGAUCAACCGGGAUUGGACAUUCGGAUUCACAGCAUGGAAUUUAUUUUUUCGGUCUGCCCUUAAUUUGUCACGCACCUUAUCGCCAUACAAUGCGCCAAUCUUCGACGAAACGCAGCAGCGCUUUCGCCCGUUACAGGGGGAAGAGAUAGAGGCCGGUGCGCAGCAAUUGCUUCAUGCGUUGAGCGGCGUCUAUGCCGACGUCCGAGGCAACCCGCGACCUGUGAACGGGGACAUUUCCAAACUUGCUUACGUUCGACAUCUGCGCCCGGCGGCACGCAAGCUGUUGAAAAAUAUGCGGCAUACAGCCCGUGGCCUCCCCGGCACACAAGAAGCGAGACGACAAAUGCGAUUUGAAAUUGAAGCCAUGCGUAUCCGAUAUGGGGUGCCAUUGUUUAUCACCGUUUCGCCGGAUGAGGCGCACCAAUGGCUUUUCAUUCGGAUGUCGCGGACCCGCUGCUCGGAUCCAGUCCGAGCGGCUUCUGUUUGGCAAGAAUGGACUUCAGGGGAUCGGGGUUUCCCCCCACUCGACGACGGGAUAUCGUUUCCAAUUCACCUCGAAACAUUCCGACGUGCGCUGCCAGCUUGGCAGCAACGACGCACGCUGCUGGCCCGGGAUCCUUUGGCUUCGGUCGAUGGCUUUCACACUUUGCUGCGCCUUCUGUGUCAACACAUCUUUGGCAUAUCUAUGUGUGACCAAUGUCCCGACUGUGACAAGACUGAGCAUCCAUGCGGAGAUUCCUUCGGCAGCAGCGCAACUUUGUCCGGUGGCGCGUUUGGGCGGGUCGAUGCCAUUUAUGUAACCAUUGAAGCGCAAAAGCCGACUGGAUCAUUACAUGGACACAUGCAAUGUUUCGUCCAAUGCUUGCAUCAACAUACCCCAUUAACAGAAAUUUUCCAGCUGCCACAGUGGCGAUUGGAAGCUUUACGGGAAGAGUACUGUAAGUAUCAGGCUCAUGUAGCACACGCCGAAUACAGCGGGCAAGAAGAGGCAGGCAUUCGAGAAGGCAUAGCCGCAGCAGAGAGCACAUGGCCGGAGCAUACGCAGGAUGCGGUGAUGGCAGCGCUUCCGGCUUAUCAGACGCGACGGGCACAAACCGCCAAAGAUUUGGCAGAGGCCGAAAUCUGGCGGCAAGAAUAUCUGGAAUGCGAUGUCGUCGCCUUGCAGUAUUUGAAGCAACAUCAUUAUCACCCUAUCAGCGCCGAAACGGGCGAGCGCGUGCCUCUGCGAGGAUGCCAGAAGAAAGAGAACAUGGGGGUGUGCAAAGCAGAGUUUCCACGCGACGACUGGCUUUGUAACGUUGCGAAAGUGUUGUGUCCGUGCCAGCUUCAACACCAUGGCUUCACUCAAACCGGUCGCAAAAAUCGACUGGGGGCUUUACAUGGUCCAUAUGGGCACCCGUAUUUGAAUCCGUGCCACCCAGCACUGUUGGCAAGCAUGCGUGGCGGGAAUAAUGAUGUCCAGGUGCCUUACAGGCUCCCGUACGCUUGUCCCACAUGUGGCCUCUCCUUGUCCACGCAGGAAAAACAAAUGAUCGCGUUGGCGGCGCAGAGGGCCCAAGAUGCGCAAACAGGGUAUUGCAGUGAUUAUUGUUCCAAAAAUCAACCAAUGGGCUUCCACGAGAUCAAGGAAUUUCAAAAAGGUCACAUCGCCUUGCAUGCCACGCUGAAGCAAGCAGAUGUGGACCAGAUUGGCAAAAGACACGCGAACCGUUUUUUGAGUGACGCCUAUUGCAAAGGCCUUGCGCGUGGUCAAGUGGAAUGUUGCAACCUGCGUGCAAACCACGUGGAUGGGUCGAUUGUCGCCGCCGAACGUCUCUCCACGUGCGGUUUCACCAUGUUUCCUGGGCACGUCUAUUUGCAGCUGCUGGAAGGACUGGACGGAAAAACGGCUGGGCCGAAUACAGCAUAUGUCCGCACGCGCAAAGCGCCAGGCUCAGGAGCGCAGCAUCUGCGGGAAGCGGUGACUGGACAAGCAUACAGUCACCGGCCUUCGGACUCCGAGUGCUGGUGGCUGUCCCCAUAUGAAUUCACUAUGCAUUGGGAACUGGUUCCAGCGCGCAUCCCGCAUUCACGCGCUGAGUGGGAAGCAGCCACUCCCGAGGCCUGGGAUGUGGCACUCACGCCCGCCGGCGCACAAAAAUUGGUAGCUGGCCCGCUGCAUGCCGCCGCAAAGUUGAAGCCGAGUACGGAUUACCGGUUGAAAGUGUUCCCUUCCGGCGACCGUGUCUACUUCGCUGCGACCGCAGCCACCGCAACACUCCGGCACAACUGGUAUUUGCAACGCCGCGCCCGUCCACGGUGUCCUCAUUUCGCUAACGCUCCUGUGCCACAGCGCUGGGCCGACAAGGCCGACGGGAACGCUCGCUUAACGUGCGUGUAUUUCCGCGCGUGGACGUUGGACAUGACGCGGGCCACAGUACACGUGCCACAUUUGAGCCACUUGUUGGGAGCGAAUGACUCCUGGGAAGAUGCCCUGCGAGAAUGGCUGCUUCGGCUCCCGUGUGCGGAAACCAAGCGCCACGUCGGCAAUUUUUUGUCAGUUUAUCGUGUUCGGCCGAGUGCCGAAGCAGAUGCGAACAGUGAUGACGACGGCGUCGACGAACUGUUGGCGCUGCGCCCAGCCGAUGUGACCGCAGCUCUGCGCACGCUGUGCCCAGCGCAGAAGGCAGCCAGCAACAAAGCGGCGAACGAUGACCGAGCGCACCGGGUUGAGUCGGCAAUGAACACCGCAGAUGUGUUGUGGGGAGCAAGACCGCAUGGAGACAGAACUCUGGCGACGGACACGCUGUAUGCAGUACUGGAUCCGAAAGCAGCGCACCAGGCGGCGCGGAAACGAACGGACGGCGCCGGAACUUGCAUGCCAUCGGCGCCACUUCCCAGCUCCGUUGCGGUUUGGUCUGGCGCAGCCGUCGCAAAUGUGCAGCAGUGGGUCGCGCGCUUGCCCCAAGGGCCCUGUAAUGAAGAGCAACGCCACUUUUGCAAGCUGGUGGCGACGCGCGUCGAAACAGAGCUGGCAGCCAGCACCUGCGAUGCGCGGUCUGGCAAUGUUGAUGCCGAAACAUUUCGUUGGGUCUUACACGGUGGCCCUGGCACUGGAAAAUCGCAUACACUGAAAUAUCUUCGUCACGAAUUGUUCGAAAACGUGUUGGGAUGGAAGCACGAGGUCGACUUCCAGAUCGUGAGUUUUCAAGCUGUUAUGGCUGAACUUCUGGAUGGCGACACGAUACACCACGCGCUGGGUCUCGACUGGUCGGGUGACAGAACCCAAAGCUUAAUCCGAGCCAUGGAAUGUGCGGGUCGCAGCCUGCAAUGGCGAUGGUUGAUUCUGGACGAAUUCAGCAUGGUUAGUGCAGAAUUGCUGGCGCAGCUGGAACUUCGGUGCCGCGAGCUGUUGCGGGACCUCAGCAUGGCCAAGUAUGACCGCGACGGAAAAAUCCGGCCCUUUGGCGGUUUGAACGUGAUUUUAGCGGGAGAUCUGUACCAGCUGCCACCCCCAAAAGGAACGUUUCUGGGAGAUAUCCCCUGGGAUUUGUUGGCCGGACGCAAAAGCACACGGCAGGCACCCGGACAUCAGGGCCAAACCCUUCUUUGGGGCAGCCCCACAGCAGGCAUGCAAGGUGUUACGGAAUUGGUGCGCUGUGAGCGCACACAAGACGCUUGGCUAGCGGAACUUCAAGGACAGCUCCGUCAUGGGCAGCUAUCUGACGAUAACCAUAAGUUUUUGCACGGCAAGCCCACAACGGUGCCAGGAAGCUGGAUUGCUGGGCACGCAACGUGUCAACGACCUGCUUGCGCCGCUUUAAUCACGCAAGGUUUGUCUCCAGAAGCCAUUCAACUGGCCGAAUGCGACACGUGUGCGACUGAUCGCCGCUCGCGUAUACUUGUCGCCCAAGGCGAUGCGGACAGUCGGUUUCAGAACGAGUUCAGCGAUGCAGUUGCAAUCUUCGGCACAAAUGACAUCAAAUAUCACGUCAACAAGGUCCGCGCCCUCCAAUGGGCAAACGCCCGAGGACACCUACCGUAUUUAUUUGUGGCACGCGAUCUUGCUUCGGCAGCGGUCCUCCAAGAAAAGCCGAAUCUGACGGCCGAGAAAUUGCAGUGGUUGCAGCGACACGACAAAGAAUGCGGUGGGCUGUAUGGCGUCUUGCCGCUGUGCGUGGGCAUGCCUGUUCGGGCCACAGACCACCUAGACCGCAAGCGUGGAAUCCUGAAAGGCACCAAGGGCUAUGUAGUCGGUUGGUCUGCGAUUGCCGAUGCGACACCUGCACCCGAAGGAAUGGUGUGCAACAACUUGCCGGCCGUGGUAUACGUGAAGUUUGACACCGCCACGUCGUGGCAAAUAUCCGGUGUCCCGGACGCAAACGUCUACCCAGUUGUGACCUGCAGGCGCGUGUGGUACUUGGACCGGCAACGUCGAAGCCCCAAGCUCCGUGUCUCACGCACCCAAUUCCCGCUGGCGCCGCAGUUUGCUAUCACAGCGCAUGUCGCACAAGGCCAAACCAUCAAGGAAGGCGUGACGACAGAUCUUUGCAUAGGGCCAAGGGGAAAUCCAUUUACCGUCUACGUCGCCAUUACCCGCGUGCAAGGCCGUGAGAAGCUCCUGAUCUUUCGACCUUUUGACGCCGCUCCAUUCCAGAAAGGUAUUGGUUUAGGGCGGGACCUGCUGCUCCGACAUCUUCGCAGGGAACCGAUCAAUUGGCAGGACUUGCUGGCCAAAUAUUGUGAAGAACGCGCGUGUUCAACCUGCGCAGAGCGCAAGCCAUCUACAGCUUUCACCGCUGGCCAGUGGAAGCGCGACGACAAAGAUCGCGUUUGUCGCGAAUGCACAAAGCAUUACGCAGAUGCCGGGACGCCAUGGCAAUGCAACGUGUGCAAGCUGUGGCAUGUCGAGACCAAUUUUCCGGAAAAGCACCGCCAACGGCAAUGUAGUUUUUUCCGUGUGUGUUUGACAUGUGAAAUGAAGAAACCGUGUUUCAAAUGUGGCGUUGCAAAACCGGAAGCCGAAUUUGGACCGGCCGCAUGGAAAGCUCGCAACGCGGACCGCCGCUGCUGCAGAGAAUGUACCACCAAACAGCGGGGGUGUUGGCAAUGUUCCCAGUGCAGCGAACGCAAGCCACGAGCAGAGUUCACAGCUUGGCAGCAAAGUCGGAAACAUGCGCAGAAUGGUACACAAGUAUGCAAUGCAUGCACAGCCUUUGCCUUCGUGUGUCGUCUUGCUCAUCGCACGAAUCAACGCUUGGCCCGCUUGCGCCAACGCGAAUCCCGUCAACGACACGAAGCAAUCCUAGCAGACGUUUGCAAGGAGAUUCAGAAAAUCCACGAGGCUAGACAAACGUCGAUGGGAACAGACGAAACCAGAACGGGUGUUGCCCAUUCAUCGACCCAGCAGCUUGCUGCGGAGCCCGACACAGCGACGCCGCGGGUGUACACAUACCUCUGCCCGCAUUGCGCCAAAUCUGUGCAAAGCACUGUGGCAACAGGGCAAGUCUAUCACCGCCGCGGUGAUGGCUGCGGCAAAAAAUUUUGCGUUGCGAAUGGCCUGCUUGCAGGCCGUACACUUGCGCACACAUGUCCAACAUGCGGCACAGUGGUGCAUUCAACAAAAGCUUCCGGUCAAAUUCAAAUAACGCAUCGCACGCCCAACGGAAAGCAGUGUCGCACCGACCGAUGGCCCGUGCAGAACUGA